AUGGCUACAGGGGAGUCUGAUCGUGAUGAUAGGAUCCUAACUCGUUGUGGUGUAUCGCUGUCAUGGGUGUACCUCAUCGCUACAAUCACCGCAUUCCUCGCAAUUUCUCACGCGAGGAAUGGAAGUCCGGCGCUGCUGCCAUUCCACGUGGAAACCUCACGCUUGAGCCCUACAAAUUGUCGCUGCUCGACUGACUUGGUGGGAUGCACCAUCAUGCCUCCAAAGAAGAAGGCCCCUCCUGAGCCUGAUCCUGACAUCGACACGCCUUGCCGCACUCGCUCUAGCACCAAGACAUCUCACAAUGAUUCGACCUCAGCUGCUCAUGAAGAGCUACCUGCGCGGAAGAACACUAGAGGUGUGGCGCGCCUCCGUGGCAAUCCCAACACAGCAGUCGGCGAUGGUCCUACACCGGUGAAAGCAAAGCGCGCAGGGCCCACCAAGGCGCGACCUCCAGCGGUUACUGAGGUGACGGAAAGUGGAGCGGAUGCUGAGAGUCAGAAUAUUGGACAGGACAGCCGCGUCCUGCCCAGCAAGCAUAAGAAAGUGGUGCUGGCAGACGAUUUGACUGAUGCUGGAGAACAUGAUGCUGGUGCUGAUGGCGAGACCGUUAUUGACGGCAAGGAGAUUACCCCGCAGCCUGCCAAGCGCACGAAAGCGAGGCGGGCACAGGGUUCGUCAAACACCCCUGCAAAACCCCAACCCUCGGUCGAGAAGAAGGACAAGGGCAAGAGAAUUGCGACGAUUGCUCCAAAGGUAGCAACUGGCACCCAUGCAGAGCAGGAAGCGGCGGAAGACCCCGAGCAUGGCUAUGAAGCGGAUGGGGAUGACGUCGAAGGCAAUGUGGACGCUCGACUUGCCCACACCAUAUCGAAGCCAACCUCACAUGUGGCGGGCGCACGCAACCAGGGGCAACCGUCAGACAGUAGACUUUGUCCUGCCACACGCGAUCAUGACGCGGAUGAAGAUGCCGACGAUUUGCAGGUGGCUAGCGAUGGAGAAGGCGACGAUGGAGAGGGCGGCAGCAGAGAAGGUGACGACGGAGAGGGUGAUGAUGAUAUGGAGGGAAUUGAACACACUCAAGCCAUGAUUGCUGGUGUCAAGGCAGAUCGCGCCGACGAGGAGGAUUUAUCACAUCUAUUUGACAAGGACGAAGCAUCCGACCUUGAAGACAGCAAAGUCGAUGCUGGCAUGCCAAUGCCCAUCGCUGAUGACAAGGGCAAAGCCUUAUAUGUGUCAUUGUCGCCAGCAUCCGGAAGCAGUUACAGUGAGAUGAAGGCUUUGCAAUGCCAGCAGAGGCAGAGAGGAAUGAAGAAAGCCUUGGACACAGAGGAGGAGGAUCUUGAGAUUGAUGAAGAAUUACAGGACGACGUGUCCUCAGACAUGGGUAUACCAUCCGCACCCCCCAAGCGUGUCAUACGUGGGCAACGGCCGACUGGUGAUGAUGACACGUCCGGGAAUGAGAGUGAUGAAUUUGGUGAACGUCUCAAUGGCGACUGGCCUAAAACAAGCAGUCCUUUCCCGAGGAAGGUGAAGAAAGAGGCGGUUGAGCUCGGUGCACGUGUAAUAGAGGCGGCAGAGAACAUCGCGCAAAGGUAUGGCAAAAGUCCGCGCGAUGUCCUCGUCCAUGCGGGCCUUGGCUUCAAGGCAUCUCGUGCAGUCAAUCGGGCAAACAUGUUUCACUCCUGGUACUCACAUCAUCAUCCUAAACUGGCUGGCAUGAGCAAGUCGGAGUACAACAAGCAGGGUGAUGUGGCCUAUCGGCAACUGUUCGAAGGCGUCACUGACGAUGACGAGGAGAGCCGCACGCUAUUAUUGAAGCCGAUACUUCAGUGGUAUGAAUCGUCGCAGAAGGGUGACAUCGGUGGAUCGAGGAGUAUGAAGUCGACAAUGGUGCACAUGCAGAAUGCCAAGGAUCAGUUUACAACUUUGGCUGCUGCAUACCGCAACCUCGAGGAUAUGGAGGUUAUUGGUGCCAUCUUGUACCUAGGGUUGGACCUUGCAGCUCGUCAGGUCUCGACCUUGUUCGGAGGUUCCAAGGCUGUGAAGGAUCUCAUUGAUGCGAACGAGGUAGACGUUCGCGAGAUAAUAGAUGAUCUCACGACCGCGAUAAAGGCCAUGCGAUUGGAAAAGAAGGGUUUCAAGUUUGCUGCACACAGGUCCAAGUUCCUGCAGAAGGGCAGUGGUGUCGAUCCCAACCCGGGAGAGCUGAUACGCGAUCGCAACCGCCGUGUAUUCACAAUGAUGAUGGCGAAAGCGCUGAUCAAUGGGAUUCAAAAUUUUGGCACCAUGGUCAGGUAA